AGGCCUGAGGAAGCAACAGCCCCAGAGCCCUCCCACUCCUGUGCCAGAGCAGGAAGGACACUCGGUGACGUGGCCUGUGACUUCCUCUCAGAUAAGGGACUUUCCUAAACCCGGGACCUCUACAGGAAAGUGGCCCCAGCGCUGACAAAGGGCAGGGCUGGGACGGGCCUGCCCGGACUCUGCCUCCAGAUGUCCAGUAUCAGAGUCCCAGAAGGCUACGACAUAUAUCAACGACCUUUCCACUUCCACUUUAAAAACCUACUCCGAGCCUAUGGUCGAAACCGUACCUUCAUCUGCUACGAGGUGGAGAGACAGGAUGGCGGCUCAUUUGUGUCCGUGGCCAGCGGGGUCUUUACAAACCAGUUUUGCCACCGCCACGCAGAACUGCUCCUCCUCUCCUGGCUGAGGCAGCUCCUGUCCCCCCGGGAGCAUUACCACGUCACCUGGUUCAUGUCCUGGAGCCCCUGCGCAGGCUGCGCGCGGGCGGUGGCCGACUUCCUGCAGGAGCACCGCACCACCGUGCAGCUGAGCGUCUUCGCCGCCCGCCUCUACUACCACUGGGACCCCAAGUUUCGGGAGGGGCUCCGCCGCCUGAGCCACCUGGGGGCCCAGGUGGACAUCAUGUCCUUCCAGCACUUCAGAUACUGCUGGGACAACUUUGUAGACAAUCAGGGAACGCCUUUUAGGCCUUGGAAGGAACUGCAACGAAAUUAUCGUUCCCUGGUCACAAUACUCAAAGAUAUUCUCAGAGUCCCAGAAGGCUACUACAUAUAUAGACCAACUUUCUACUUCCACUUUAAAAACCUACUCCGAGCCUAUGGUCGAAACCGUACCUUCAUCUGCUACGAGGUGAAAAAAAGUUUUCGUGGCUAUUUUUUCCACGUGGCCAGCGGGGUCUUUACAAACCAGUUUGAACCCGGGCCUCAAAUCCACCCAGAACUGCUCCUCCUCUCCUGGCUGGAGCAGCUCCUGUCCCCCCGGGAGCAUUACCACGUCACCUGGUUCAUGUCCUGGAGCCCCUGCGCAGGCUGCGCGCGGGCGGUGGCCGACUUCCUGCAGAAGCACCACACUGUGCAGCUGAGCGUCUUCGCUGCCCGCCUCUACUACCACUGGGAGCCCGAGUACCGGGAGGGGCUCCGCCGCCUGGGGGCCCAGGUGGACAUCAUGUCCUUCGAGGACUUCAGAUACUGCUGGGACAACUUUGUAGACAAUCAGGGAACGCCUUUUAGGCCUUGGAAGGAACUGCAACGAAAUUAUCGUUCCCUGGUCACAAUACUCAAAGAUAUUCUCAGGCCCGUAUUUACAACCAGUAAUGGCUACAACCUGGAGCUGGGCCACAGAGCUGCUCAGUGCUAAAAACACAGAAGGAAGCGCUCCCCAGAGGUGGAAUGAACCCCUUAAAGAGACUGCCUCCCCCACCUGUUUAAACAAAGCCCACCCAGCCCGGGUUCCUGCAGCUGAGCUGCUGUUCCUGGAAUCUGCUGACUCCUUUGCUCUCCGCCCUGGCUCCUAAAUCACUAGCACCCAGGUCCCCAGAGGACGCAGCAGUCAAGAGAGGUCGCCUCCGUGGCCUGGCUGACCUGUUACAGGGCAGGGAGAGGGGCAUCCGCCGCAUCCACACAAAACAUGAGACUCUAAUGAAAAGGAACCUUAAUUCAAUCUACAAUCGGUAAACAACACGGGAAAGGCAAGGAAUAUAGUUUCUAUAUCAAGCACCCAAAGCCGCCCGUCCCCUUGUGGGUAAAAGUCCACCCAGACGGGCUUGGCCCAGAGCAAGGCCCGAAAGCUGCCAUGAGUCUAAAGCACCUUCCCGUGGGGACCCACAGAGAAGGACCAGAAACAACCAGACAAGUCUGGAAGGAAAAGAGCAAAGGGCCCCGGGGCCUCUGGAGUGUGUCCUGUCACCUGCUGUAAAAACUUCAUUUCUGAGCAGAAAAAAAAAAAAAAGACAAACGUGCAGGCAACAGCAGCUCUGAGGUUUAAAGCAGGAGGGGAAGGGAAAGGCAAUCACCACAGGGCGGGAAGAGCUCAGGGGAUGGGGUGGUGUGCUCCUAGGAGGUCUGUGGACAACACCUGGGGGGAUGAAAUGCUGUGAAAAUAUGAACAACAAUGUAAAAAAGUUAAUAAAAAGAAAAAAACAUUUUUUUAAUAAA